UAUUGCUUCAAGUUUUUUUCAAGAUUAUGAUGUCAUUAGUGACUGUUUAGUAUUCUUAUAUUGAAAGAAGUGAAUGCAAAUGGAUAAGCUCCUUGAGUUGGGUACAAAAAAUCCACUUCUGGAUCUGUAUUUGCGAGGGCUCGGUCUGUCGUUCAUGUCUAAGGCUGUGGUUUUGAGUUGAACAUAUGGAGUAGUGGUGGCGCGUUGAAGAGAGAAUUAGGGUUUCACCUACGUCUUUCCUUAACGUGUGGUUUUGAAGUGGAAGGUUUCCUUUCUUUUUCGACGUUAAUUUGGUGUGUGGUCGCUUGUCGUAAUACUGUUUCUGGCUUUCUGCCUUGAAGGUUUUGUUUGGGUUGCCGACAGUAGGAGCGCGCAGCUAAACCACUCACUGCUUGCCUAAACAGAUGAGCCGAUCGAGUACCUAAACAGAUGACCGAUCGAGCUAGAUCAUCACCGACUACUUUCAACGUGAGGGAAAAGAUGCUCACAAGGAAUUAGAAGUUCAUGUUCUUCGUAAGUUGUAAGUUCAUGUUCUUCACAAGUUUUCUCUAGGCGGCCAACCAUUGAAAGCAUGCUGAGCCGGCCAGAUUGAGUGUGUGUAUAUCUAUAAGCAGAAGUAGCAAUCUUGGUUUUCACUUUUUAGUUGAUGGAGAUGAGUGGCUUUAGGCCUACAGAAUCCAACCAUGUAGCUCAGCAAAGCCGCCGAGAUAAGUUGCGAGUUCAGCCUACUUCAAACCUACCCCUUCAUCAUCAUUUAGAUCACAAUGUACCUAAUCAUUCUCCUGCCCAACAGAACCCAGAUAUUGUUCAAGUUAGAAAUGUCAGAAAUUCCAAUAAUUUGCUUUUUGAUCCGACCCUCUUCUCCCCAGAACUUCUCAAUUUCUCCAUAAAUGCAAACCAUGCAUUUGCAUCAUCACCUCAAGAAAUAGGUGACGAGAGUCCUCAGAAUUAUGGUAACUGGAGAACUCUGAAUCCACCCCAAAGCUUAGAUAAUUGGGUGACCAAUUACUCGAGUGGUACUACAAAUCAUUACUCGAGUGGUACUACUUCAAAUCACCAUAUGUUUGUCAGGGAAGUAAAUAACGUUUCGCCAUCCACACCAUCACAUUUAAAGCCUAGUACCUACCAUGGUUACCAGAAUUUUUCAUCUCCAUCUCCAAUUUACCAUAGUACCCUCCAAGAUGUUGUCACAACAGCUUCUACCGGAGGAAGCACGCAGGAUCAGCUAGAAAUGGCUUCUUGGACACAAGGCUAUGUAAAUCAAUCCACAUUGGGAUUAGAUAACUCGUGUUCUUGGUUGGAUCGUCCGAUUGGGAGUAAUCGCCAUAACUGGACUGGGGGCGAAGAACUGAGAUGUGCUUUGAGUGAUUAUUCCAAUCAACAAGGUCUGUCCCUAUCACUUUCUUCAAAUCCUCCUCCAUCACAAGGAUUGCAAGCAAGCACAAGUGGGAAAUCUGGCGAUUAUUUAUGUUCAAUGAUGAAGCCGUCAAUUAUAAGCAAAGCGUAUGGAACUACCAAAUCACUUCAAGACAUAGUUGGGAGUAGUACCACUUCUACCAGUAAUGCUGCAUACCAUAGAAGCACCGGUCCUCUUGGUCCUUUCACAGGAUAUGCAACGAUUUUAAAAACUUCCAAGUUUUUGAAACCGGCACAACAGCUGUUGGAAGAUUUUUGUAGAGUUAGUAAUCACUCAAAAUCAUUUAAAAUAUGUGAGGAAUCUGAGAGGAUGUCGGGGGAUCGAGCUAGCGUUUCUGCUUCCGUUUCAGCCUCGAAUGAUCAAGCUGCUAAUAUGACUCGAAAUUCAGAAGCUGCGAAUCCGGGGAGAAAUAAUUCUAGGGCAUCAUCCUCGGCAUUUUACAGUUUCAACGAGAUUAGCAGUGACGGUGGAGCUGCUGCAAGCACAUCUUCCGAGUCGAUUCGGCCGGAGUACCAACAGAAGAAGGCAAAGCUCCUAUACAUGCAGGAUGAGGUAUGCAGAAAGUACAAGCAAUAUCAUCAACAAAUGGAAAUGGUGGUCUGUUCCUUUGAGUCAGUUUCAGGUCUCAGCUCUGCAACUCCUUACAUCUCAUUGGCUCUCAACACAGUCUCAAGACACUUCAAAUGUCUUACGGGUUCCAUCAAAGACCAGCUGAAGCACAUAAGCAAAGCUUUGGGGGAAGAUUAUUCAUCAGCCAAUAUUGCCAGUACUACUGGCUCCAACAGUAAAAGUGAUAAGGCCGUGGGCAAGCUAAAGUAUAUGGGCCUCGGCUUGCAAAAGCGUAAAUCCGUGGGUGGGGUAGAUGCCGGCUUCCCUGAACCCCAACAACACAUCUGGAGGCCGCAGAGAGGCCUACCGGAUCGUUCAGUGGCCAUCCUCAGAGCAUGGCUCUUUGAUCAUUUUCUUCACCCGUAUCCAACAGACACAGAUAAGCACAUGUUAGCCACUCAAACGGGUUUGUCUAGAAACCAGGUGUCAAACUGGUUCAUAAACGCCCGAGUGCGUGUUUGGAAGCCCAUGGUUGAAGAAAUACACGUGCUCGAGACUCGAGGAUCCAUGGAAGCUUGCCAAGAUUCCCGGAAAGACGGAUGUUCUCCAACUGAAGGCACCAGCAGGCCAAGCAAUGAGAAACUUGCCAUGCAUCAUCCUACAUCUAGUCGGCAAUUGGAAUCCUCAGGGAUAGGUUCUUUGGGAGAUACACUGAAUGCUGAUGACGUACACCAAAGUCACGAGAUCAAGAGAUCCAGAAUAGAAUGUGAAGUUCCAUCAAGCAUGGAUAGUGCAUUGAUGGGUUUAGUGCCAUACAAUCAAACCGGGCUUGAGGUUGGUGGACUUGGAGCGGUGUCAUUGACAUUGGGCCUCAGGCAUGGUGUGGAAAACGCUCAGCAGCAGCAGCAGCAGCAACAAAUGCAUCAACAGGAUGAAUAUCAGCUCAGGCGGCAACUUGGAGGUCAUAUGAUUCAUGAUUUUGUGGGGUAAUUCACUUGUGCCAUUGCAACAUUUUGGUCAACCGAAGUAGGGCAGAAAAUAAGCGGGAGAAGCAGCCGUCCAGUUAUUCUAGGCCCCGGUUUCGGUACACCCUUUUAAGCAAUGUAGUGGCGUACGUAUAUAAAUUGAAGAAUCAUGUAAGCUCUGUCUAAGUCUGUCAAGGUCAUUCUAACAGAAUGAGCUUGAUUGGAUGAUAAUGAGCUGAAAAGGAGCUUCAGUGAUACUUAGGGUUAAGUCUGUAGAUCACGAACUGAUGAAAUUUGAACCCGCUGACCAAAAUAAAAGCAGAGAAACAAACUACAAGAAGAAUUAGAAAUGAUAUGGUAGACGGAUUUCUCUCUAGCCAGCCGAAAGAGGGAGGGCUAUGCAUUUUCGUUUUCUCACACUU